AUGAAUUAAACUAAAAUUAGUAAGGUUGACAUAUUAUAUUAAAGAAACAAUUAAGCUAUUCUGGAAAUGCCUAAGGAUUAUAGAAAAGGGCAUUUUAUGAUUAGAAAGAAUGAGAUAAAAAUUGAAAAAGAAGAAGUGCAACCACCAAAAAAAAAGUAUGAAUAUUUAGCAAUUUUAGAGAUGCUGAUUAAAAUAUUCCUAAAGAUUAUUAUUAAUAAAGAAAGAAAAAUAUGUAUAAAAAAUAAUUAAUACUAGUCUUAUAAUUCGAGAUGAUAGAGAAAAAUAACCUUAUUAAAGUUAAAAGUUUUUGGAUGAUUUACCUUAAGCUUAAAGUUUGAUAUUGUUUAAAAAUAGAGAUAAAUAUUCAUUAAGCUUUGUUUCUUAAAAAUCAGAAGUUUAUAAACAUGUAUAUAACUAUAUAAUUAAAGAUGUCUGAAGAGUUUUAAAACAAAAUAUUUAAGGAUAUUGAUAAAGGGUUAGAUGCAAGAAAAAAUUAAGAAAAUAGAGAUAAAGUGGACAUUAGAGUGAAAAAAUAGAUUGCGGGAUAUGAUGAUGUUCUAUCUGGUUCAGAUAUAGAGGAUCCAUACUCUAGUAAAAAGAAACAAACAAAAAAAAAUAAAAAGGAAAAAGUUUCACAUAAACUUGACUACUAAUCUGAUGGCGAAAAUCCUAAAAAAAAGGUUAAAAAAGAUGAAUCUUCUGAUGAUGAUUAAUCAUCUGACUCUGUAUAAGAUUCAAGUGAUUCUUGAU